ACAGCCAACUCGACAAAGUUCCAUCAUUCACGUAAUAAUAAACUACUUAAAUUUUUUCGAUAUAUAGGGAUGGUUGAAGCAACCUUUGAGCUGACUCCGCUUUUUCUUUAUAUGUAUUCUGCCAAGGCUCUGAUUCUCACCACUUCCAUAAAGUUCAAGUUCCCUAAACUAUGGAAGAUGAAAGCCGAUCUCUCGUCAUCUCCAGAAACAGGGCAACUUUUACCCACUUAGAUUACCCGGGAGUUGAAUUGAAGAGCUUUACCUCUUGUCUCAAAUGGGUUUGUGUUGAUCAGUCUAACAUUUGGAAAGCUAUUCUUUCGUGGUCGAUCUUUUUUCUUCUUGCCAUUGGCUCUCCUCUUGUGUCACAUUUUUUUCUUCUGUGUUCAACAUGUGAUAAGAAACACCAGAGACCUUAUGACUCGAUCGUGCAAUUGUCUCUUUCCGUUUUUGCGACGAUUUCGUUUUUAAGCCUCUCUUCUUGGGCUCGCAAGUAUGGAGUUAAUCGGUUCUUGUUCCUUGAUAAACUGCCUGAAGAAAGUGAAAGGGUUAAACAAGGAUAUGCAGCACAACUCAGAAGAUCAAUGAAGCUCCUCUGUAUUUUUGUCCUCCCCUGUUUUACAUUCGAGUGUGCCUACAGAAUCUGGUGGUAUGCUACAGGAGCUUCAGAAAUACCCUAUUACAUUAACCUCUAUGCCAGUGACAUUAUUGCAUGCACAUUGCAACUCCUUUCUUGGCUUUAUCGGAUAUCGAUUUAUAUUCUUGCCUGCAUUUUGUACCAACUGAUUUGCUAUCUGCAAAUUAUAAAAAUGGAUGACUUUGCUCAAGUUUUUCAAAAAGAAACUGAGGUUGGUUCAAUCUUGAAAGAGCACCUCAGGAUCAAAAGAAAUCUUAGAGUUAUAAGCCAUAGGUUCCGGAGAUUCAUUUUGUUGUCUCUACUUUUGGUCACAGCUAGUCAGUUCAUUUCACUACUUAUGACCACCCGGUCCAGUGCCAAUAACAACAUAUUUGAGGCUGGAGAACUGGCAUUGUGCUCCAUUAGCCUGGUGACAGGACUCUUCAUAUGCCUACGAAGUGCAACGAAGAUUACACAUAAAGCACAGUCCAUUACAAGCCUUGCUGCAAAAUGGCAUGUUUGUGCCACAAUCAACUCUUUUGAUGACUUGGACGGUGAGACGCCAACAGCUGAGAAUGGUUCCUCCCAAGUGUUUCCGGUCGAUGCUUAUUGCAUAUCAGAUGAUGAAGAAGGAGAAGGAGAUGAAGAUGAUCUUGAUAACACCAGGAUGUAUCCUAUAUAUGCAAAUACCAUUUCUUUUCAGAAGAGGCAAGCUCUAGUGACGUAUCUGGAAAACAAUAAAGCAGGAAUUACAGUUUACGGAUUUAUGCUAGACAGAACAUGGCUUCACACCAUUUUUGGGAUUCAACUAGCUCUUUUACUCUGGUUGCUCAACAAAACACUUGUGAGCUGGACAUGAAUAUGAUAGACUGAGGUGCAGAAAUCGAGCUUGCAAUGGGGCUACAUUCAUCUGUUGACAGCAGAGAUAGCGAGGCACCUUUAUUGUGCCACAGUUGCUGCAAAUGAUCAUGUUACUAUAUGAAGAGAGAGAGAGAGAGAGAGAGAGAGGGAGAUGGGUGAAGUUUACUGUAACAAAGCUGGAGUUCCAUUUACUGCAAAACCCCACAAGGUUUAUACCAAGUACAUAUGGGAGUGAAAUCUCAAGAUUCAAGAACCAUCUUUUAGCUUGAAGGUGAUCACAUCAUCAUAUUUGUUUCUCAAAUUCUCAUGUAUAAACCUGAUGACUGCCUUCUCACGGCUUGUGGAUGUAACUUUAUUUUCUUAA